AUGUCUCCUAUACAUCAUUGUGCCCUGGGGGCCCCCCAGGGCCCCCAGGGGCCCCAGGGGCCCCAGGGGAAUCAAGGGGCCCAGGGGCCCCAAGGGGGCCCCAAUCAACAACGUCUUAGUACGAGAAGCAACUCGUCAACAGGUAGUACGGAGGACGGAUCGAAGAAACAGCAGCAGCAGCAGCAGCAGCAGCAGCAGCAGCAGCAGAUGCAGCAGCAGCAGCAGCAGCAGCAGGGUAGUUAUAGACCUACAGGGUCUACUAUUCUUACACGAAGAAGAUCUGCAGGGGGGGCUCUUCUUCGUCAAGGCAGCAGCAGCAGCAGCAAUGCAGCAGCAGCAGCAGAAUCACCAACUGCUGCAGCAGCAACAGCAGCAGCAGCAGCAACAGUAGCAGCAGCAGCAACAUCAACAAGGUGUCUCCGCAGCAAUUCUUCUUAUAGUUCUUCCUCUAAGGACAAAACAGAGACAGAUAAAGGAGGAGCGCAGCAGAGACAAUCUGCUGCUGCUGCUGCCUUUGUUGUACCGGAGACGAAUGACCCUGAGCAGCACGUAGCACAUACAUACCCAGGGGGCCCUGCUGCAUUUGCUGCAGACAUGCAAGCAGCAGCAGCAGCAGCAGCAGCAGCAGCAGCAGCAGCAAAGAGUAGCAGUAUACCAAGGAGUUAUUUUGCUGCAUUGCUGCUGCUGCUGCUUAUGUUUGCUGCUGCUGUUGUUGCUGCUGUCCUUAUUGUUCGUGAUCCUUCCUUCCUUAUAAGACAUCCGCAUCAUGAUCAGCAGCAGCAGCUGCAUCUGCUGCUGCAGCAGCAGCUAAGACACGAACAGAUGCAGCACCUCCAGCAGCAGCAACUGCAGCAACUGCAGCAACUGCAGCAACUGCAACAACUGCAGCAACAGGAAGAAGAGGAACAGCAAGAAAACGAGCAACAACAAGAGGAGCAGCAGGAGGAAGAGGAGCAGCAGGAGGAAGAGGAGCAACAGGAAGAAGAACAGCAGCAAGAGGAGCAGCAGGAAGAGGAGCAGCAGGAAAACCAGGAAGAGGUGCAGCAGGAAGGGGAGCAGCAAGAGCAACAAGAGCAACAAGAGCAACAAGAGCAGCAAGAGCAGCAGGAGCAGCAAGAGCAGCAGGAGCAGCAAGAGCAGCAGGAGCAGCAAGAGCAGCAAGAGCAGCAAGAGCAGCAGGAGCAGCAAGAGCAGCAGCAGGAGGAGCAGCAGCAGCAGAAGGAGCAGCAGCAGCAGGAGGAUGACGAGGAAGAUCUAAAAGGUUCUGUAGAUACACCAGAAGCAGCAGAAUCAUCAUCAGCAAGAGCAGCUGCUGCUGCUGCUGCUGCUGCUGCUGCAGCAGCAGCAGCAGCAGAGGAAGAGGAUAUACCUGGUGCCCCUCUCCCUGGUGUCCCCUUACAGAAGCAACUGCAGCAAGAAGGAGGUUGGGUGUCUCCUUCUGCUGCUGCACUAGAGGGACUAGUAAUAAAUGUUAUACAGACACCAGCAGCAGCAGCAGCAGGAGGAGGAGCAGCAGCAGCUGCAGCAGCAGAAGCAGCAGCAGCAAAGACUGCAACAGAUGAUCCUAUUAAGUUAUGGAGACAAAGGAGACCCCGUUGCGGUCCGCAGCAGCAGCAGCAGCAGCAGCAGCAGCAGCAGUGGGGGACAGGAGGAGGAGGAGGAAGAGGAGGGAGAGCAACAAGAAUUAGUUCCCUGUACACCAGAGGAAUUAUUAGCUGUGCUGCUGCUGCGUGA